GGGUUCCGGACACUGAGUCCCCUUUGUUCCUCCCAUGGACAGCGAUAUUCUGGACACCCUGGCAUUCAUUUAUGAGGAGGAGGAGGAGGAGAGGAAACACAGUUGGUUUGGGGAGGAAGGGGCAGUGACUAACCCUGUCCCUGUGACUCUUUGAGUGGAGAGGCGCGGUGUCACGAGCAGAGACCAGAGAGAGACUGUAUAAGAGCUCAACCCGGCUAGCAGAGUACUCUCACUGAGUGUCUGUAUGAACGGUGUGUAGUGGUAGAGGUGUCUGGAAUACAGCAGCAGACAGUAUGUUGAUCUGACGAUUGUUGAAUUGUCCUUCUCCCUGUUUGCAGCCCACCCUCUCUGCGGUGUCCAGAGAUGUAGAGAGCAGCGUGAGGAGCACAGUCCCAUCUUUCCCAGCAGCACUUUCUCACCAAGAGCUUCCUCACUCUCUCCCUCUUCCCUCAGCUUCCUCACUCUCUCCCUCUUCCCUCAGCUUCCUCACUCUCUCCCUCUUCCCUCAGCUUCCUCACUCUCUCGGGCUGGACUGCAGUGCGUCUGCGUCGGCUCGCCCUCCCCUCCCCCCUCGCCCCCCAGCCAUGGCCUCACGAAUAGGGCUGCGGCUGCAGCUGAUGCGAGACCAGCUGCAGCAGGAGGAGCAGCGGGAGCGGCAACUGCAGCAGAAUGCGGCGCUGCAGUACAUGCAACAGCAGCGUAUGUCUGCCCCAGCACCCAGCCCUGCCAUCAACGCUCCACAACACUGCCAGAGCAUGCAGGUGCCUGUGGAGGUCCUCAAGGUGCAGACUCACCUGGAGAACCCUACAGACUACCACAUUCGCCAGUCCCAGAGACAACAGGUGAAGGAGUACCUUUCCACCACCUACGCCACCAAGCAGACGGUGCAUGCAGUAACAGGGGUGGUGCAGCCAUCCCCUCCCCCCACUCUGGCCCCCCCGGGGGCCUCUUCCUCGGCCCCCCCUCCUCUCCACUCCCCCAGGCUCCGUACAGAGCAGCUCAUCACAGGAAACAGCGCCCCCAACAGCCCCAUGGCCAUGCUCAACAUCGGCUCCAGCCACGAGAACGAGGUACACGAGAUGGAUGAGGUCAUCGAUGACAUCAUCAGCAUGCAGUCGAGCUAUGAUGACAUCCAGCAGUAUAUUGACCCUGUUCAGAUGUCCAACACACUCCCUCUGUCCAGCAGUCACCUGGACGUGUACACGGGCCCUGGGAUGACCGGGCAAUCCAUUGCCAUGACCAGCAACUCCUGCCCUGCCAACCUGGCCAUCAAACGAGAGCUGACGGAUGCAGAAGCCCGUGCGAUGGCCAAGGAGAGACAGAAGAAAGACAACCACAACCUGAUUGAGAGAAGGAGGAGGUUCAACAUCAACGACCGGAUUAAAGAGCUGGGCGGUAUGAUCCCCAAAACCAAUGACCUAGACGUGCGCUGGAAUAAGGGCACUAUUCUGAGGGCUUCAGUAGAGUACAUCAAGCGGAUGCAGAAAGACAUGCAGAGAACCAGAGAGGUGGAGAACAACUUCAAGAGGAUGGAGAUGGCCAACAAACAACUGUGGCUGCGCAUCCAGGAGUUAGAGAUGCAGGCUCGUCUGCACGGCCUCCCCAGCUCCUCUCCCUCUGGGAUGGGUUCGGGUGACCUGAUGGGUUCCUACGUCAAACAGGAGACCAGCCCUGAGGAGAAGCUCCACCAACAGCAGGCCCAACACCAGGCUCAGGCCCAGGGCCAGCAACACCUCCACCACCCCCAGUCCCACCACCUCCAGCCUCAGCAGGGCCAGCUCAGGCAGCUGCCCCCUCUGCCCCCUCACCUCCAGCCCCAGCUUCCCCUCCAGUACUCAGCCGUGGGCAGCUCCCAGCCCUUUGACUUUGCCCAGUCGCUGGACUUGUGUGACGGGGUCCCUGGCUUCCCAGAGGGCCUGUCGGGGCUAGGGGAGCUGGGCGGCCUUGGUACCCAGGGAAGGAGAGGCGAGCUGGGCUUCCUGAUGAUGGACGAGCCCCUGUCUCCUCUGGGUGGAGACCCCCUGCUCUCUGCCAUGUCCCCUGAGGCCUCGGUCGACUCCAGCCGCAGAUCCAGCUUCAGCAUAGAGGAUGCAGAUAUACUGUAGAUGGAGCACACACACACACACACACACACACACACACACACACACACACACACACACACACACACACACACACAGUAGAACCACACACAUAUGGUACGUAAUGUACACACACUAGACAAACACCCAGUGCACUGAUAUACUGUGAUAUGCUUAUGCUCUAUUCAACAACCCUGCCAGCAUACAUUUGCACUCUAAACUCUCUCACACACACUCCAAGCACACUGUACACACACAAACUUGACAUUCUCAUAGAUGCACACCCUUCCUUAGCACUCGUAUAGAUACACAUUCAACAGCAAUAUGAGAAAUGAAACCACGUUUCAGAUUGAAAUAAUUUACCACUGUAAAUAUCAGAGCACCUCUGAAUGAUAAACAAUCUAUUACACACACACACACACACACACACACACACACACACACACACACACACACACACACACACACACACACACACACACACACACACACACACACACACACACACACACACGCACACAGCACAGACAGAUUGUAGUUCACUCUAACACAUAAGAGACCCUGUUAUUUGAAGGGAAAUAUGUGAGGCACUGACAAAGGUUUGAGACACACAGACCUCGACCCCUUACUUUGUAAAACACACUGGCAUGACCUCCAGUCUGCAAGCUACUGCCUUCUCCUGUGUGACCUAUGACCUUUAGCCUUGAGGGUACUGCCAUGUCCACUCCAUGACCUCUGACCCCUGUGUGAUCUCUGAACGUUGAGGAGAGAUAGUUUGGCCUUGAUUGUGAGGUGUUGUAGCGAUGCAAGGGGUUAUAUAGCUCCACAGGUGUCUAAGUAGUGCCACUGUGUAGCAUCACAGGGUGCUAUGUAGCGACUCAGGAUCUUCUGUAGCCCUGACCCAAACCUGCCAAUGGGCCUUGUGUUAGCCACCUGAAGCCCCACUCUCUCUGGCUGAGGGUGGGAGAGGCUUGUCUUUUAGUAAGUUGUACUGUAUAGUUAGGAGAGAGAGGAGCAGUCAUAGAGAUUGGCUUAGAUAACCCAGUAAUGUCAUUGUCUUCACUGUAACACACACACACACACACACACACACACACACACACACACACACACACACACACACACACACACACACACACACAGAGCAGUGUGCCUUGAGGCUGUGUUCAAAUCUCAAAGACUUUGAGCGAGACUUCAGUACCUCACCCAGUCUGCUUGUAGAACUGUCAGCUUUGGGUCAACCAGGUGAAACUAGACACUCAGCAGGUAUUAACCAAACCAACUCUGUAGAAACCAAACUACGGCUGUACAAUACAUAAAUAAACUAACAGGUAAACCAAUGACUUUCAGAUUUGGGUGAGGGACUGAGGGCAACGCUUUGAUUUGAUAUGGCUUAUGAUCAGUACAGAAAAAAAGGAAGAAAAAUGAUGAUUUUAAAGGUAUUUGUUUGUAUUCUAUUUUAGUUAGUUGUUUUAUUUGAUUUGAUCUCCCAAUGCACUGGAACCUGUAUUAUUUAAUUGACUUUGUACAUGAAAGAAUUUUCAGUUUUAUGCCACUUAAAAUGUAUUUUAUUUGUAUUUGUCCUUUUUAUUUUAUUUUAUUCCUAAAGUACCUUUUUCUCUAAUAGCCAUUUAAAAGUGCGAGUCUUUCAGCCACUUGCGUGACAGUGUACGACCAGUGGGGAGCCAUAUUCUAUACUUCUCUUUGUGUAAGAAUUAUUCAAAUUUCACCAGGCUUUGAAGAAUUUAGAAGAUCAUGUACAUUUGCAGUAUGAUGUCAUUUUUAUAUUGAUUGGGAUUCUCUCUUUUUUAACCUAAAUUAGAAAUUGGAGCCAGAGACUAAGUUGAGAGGUGAUUUUAUUAAGUUUUAAUUAUGAUCUUUGUGAAUGUGAAGAUGGCCUGUACUGGUACCAAGCCAAACCCAAGCAUCACAAGAACAGGGUAUUUUCCUUCAUGGUGCCACUUUUGACCCCGACUUUGGUUUCCAUUUAGACUGCUUCCUUCUGAUGGAACUCAGAACUCCCAUCGAGGAGUUCUGUUGCCAUAGCGUUGGCAUAGCCUUGAACAAACCUGACCUUCUCUCUGUGUGCCAGAGUUCACCUUUACCCUGCUCCAAUGUUUGUCAUCGAUUGUUUUACUUUUGUGUAUAUUGUCCAGCCAACAUUUUAAAGAGCUUGUCUGCAGAUAAUAUGGCGUGUUGUCCCCUCUGUGACUGUCCCCCUCCCACAUGUCACUGUAUUGGACUGACUCUGGCCGACUGGUCAGGGGAAACUGGCAUUCUGGUUUUGCUUUGGAUAUAAAAUGUUUUACCAAAAUCCA